GUUUAACAUAAUUACUGACAGUUGUUACAACGCAAAUAAAACUCUUCCACUAGUCAAACGUUGAGAGUGUGAUCGAAACUAUACUAGGUCACUAUAUAAAAUCCUAAUAUGCCUCAUUCAUCCUCUAUGUAGGUUUAAGCUCUCUCUCAGUCUCUCUCUCUCUCUCUCUCUCUCUCUCUCAUAGGGCAGUUUUCAACAAACUCAUCAUCAUCAAGUUCUAUGAUCGUCUCUUUGUUCUUAUGGCUAUUCCUCCAUCAAAACGUUUAAGCAACAGCACUGAAACUACCCUCAGUGAGGUUGAAACAACAAGGCCAUGGUCCGAUCUGCCUCGUGAUCUUCUCUCACCAAUUGCCAACCGCCUAGGCCUAAUCGAGCUCCUAGGUUUCCGUGGCGCAUGCAAAGACUGGAAAGCUGCUUCCUCUACAGCUUCGGCUAAAACUGAGUCCUCAUCAGAUCACCGACCCUGGUUCAUACUCUACGGUGAAAAUUCCGAAUGUAUCUUGUACGACCAAUUGGACAAGAAAAAGUAUACCAUCAAUGUCCCCGAGCUAGACGGAGCGACUUGCCUCGCAUCGAACCAAGGUUGGCUUCUUCUCUCCCGGGAAGGAUCAAUCUUCUUCUUCUGUCCUUUCUCUCGAGCAAGAAUUGAACUUCCAAGCUUCCCUCACUCUGACCUCUCCGGCCACAAUGCAGCUCUCUCAGCUCCACCCACUUCAGAAAACUGCGUUGUCUGUGUGAUCAACCGCCACGAUCACCUGAUCGUGGAGCUAAAUGUUCUUCGUCGUGGCGAGCAAACGUGGACUAAGGUCAAUUACGAUUGUCCUGAAAAUGUCUUAGGUGUUGUUACAGGGACAACUUACCAUGAGGGAACUUUCUAUUUCUUGGACAAUAGAAGCAAGCUAUUGACAUAUGCUGUGAAGAAGAAGAAGUGGGUACUGUAUACGAUUGUUGAUAGCUCGAGCGCGUCAACCAAUGAUUGUCUGCCAUUUGCGUACAGGACAAACUAUUUCAGGAACUGGGAUAUGAAGAGGUGCUUGGAAUUGGGAGAGGAUGUUUCGGUUUCUACUUGUGGGACAGGAGUGCGAAGUUUCAGCGGUGAGUAUGAUAUGGUUAUCAAUAAUGAAAGCAUCGCGGCGGUUUCGAAAGAGAUUGAAAGUCCGCGCCAGCUCAAAGGGAUAUGGAUUGAAUCUCGGUUCCUUCAGAUCCCUCCCAACCAGAGCUGGUGAGGGUUUCAGUUUUCUCUCACGAAAUAUCUUUCUUUUUGCCAUUAUAUUGCUUGUUUUUGCUUUGUUUCGUGAAUCACUGAUAACGAUGACUCGCUUUAUAUGUGUUGAAUUUCUUUAUUGUGACAUUUUUUUGAGG